AUGGCAAAGUUGUCCCUAGUGUUUGUACUUUCUUUAGUGCUUGUGCAUGCAAUGGCACGUAACGUUCCUACUGAAAAACAUGACCAAGAGACUCAGACUGUUGUUGUGGCCACCAAGACCAGUGGUGGCAAGAACGUCAAGGACAAGAAGUGCGUGGUGGGGUUUGUGGGUGUAGGGGGUGCUGUUGGCGGUGUUGCGGGUGUUGGUGGUGUUGGGGGUGUAGGCGGUGUGGGCGGUGUUGCCGGUGUGGUUCCACUUGGUGGUAUUGGUGGUAUCGGUGGAGUUGGCGGUGCAGGAGGUCUUGGUGGGCUUGGAGGGGGUGCUGGGGGACUUAGUGGUCUGGGAGGGCUCGGAGGGGGUGCUGGUGGACUUGGAGGUGGUGCUGGGGGACUAGGUGGGCUGGCAGGUGUUGGCGGUGGUGUGGCUGGUGGUGCCGGUGGUGUUGGAGGUCUUUUACCUUAG